UGGAGCGAGGGUGCUAACCAAUUUAACUGUCAUCAAGAAUGUCACGAAGAAUGCCGUGGAAACGCUCGUGCGACCGCAAGGAAGGAGGCCGUGUCGUGUCGUCUGUAGGGCACCACCGUCGGUGCAGCCUCAGCUGUGAGUGAGCGGAAGAGGAGUCCGGGCGCGGCAUUCGCCUGAAUCCGAUGAAAUCCGGCCGCGGGCCCGACAGUUCGACUCGCUCGUGGGACGUGACGCUCUCCCGCCCGCGCUCUCCUCCGCGCCAGUGACCGCCAUUGCCGUUGGAGCGGCUCGUUGCCGCAACACUUGGCUGCCGAGCAUUGGUCGGUCGGCGUGGUAACGUCUGCGGCGCGGAGUUUGAAUGUUCGAACGGCAGAAGCUUUGGAUUUGGGUGCAGCGGGCUUGGAUCCAGCGCUCAACGUUCGCGUUUCGGUUGCGGGACGUUGGACUAGUGGCGUAGCGCGGCGCGUGCGAGGAUUUGGUUCGUGGAGAAUCGGACUCGAUCGAUGGUCAGCUCUUCUUGUGAGCGUUUCCGACAUCGCCCUUCUCCUCCCUACACCCUCGUCCCACCUCUGCAUAUCUCGACCACCCUGUUGCGAUCGGUGUGAAAGGCGGGAAUCCGUCCAGUGCACCUCGGCCUCGUCGAAUGCGCGAUGUGACACGGAAUUGAAGAUUGAACGAAAGGCGGAAUGCCGGUCUCGAUACGUUACGGAACCACCGAUCAUCUCCGGUUCAAAGCGUUCCUAGCUGAGAGACAAGAAGUGUGCAAGAGAGGAGGACAAAAGUUUUCAUUACAUUACUGAGCUCUUCCUCGCUUCCACUUCGCACAUCUACCGGCAUUUCUCGUACCAUCGGUAGUAACAUAAUACUGGAUUGCCGUUCAUGCCGCUCAUCGCUUAUCGCUCACGUUGUCUCAUCGGACAAGAAUAAGGAAUAUAUGACUGGAAGUAACCUCCGGGACGAGCAGUAAACUGGAUCUGUCAAGAAUCACAUAUAAGUGUGCUGAGAGAAAGCAAUCAUGCCGUGGAAAGAAACGAGGAACACCGGGAGUCUGGGCUUUAACAAUUUCAACAGAUCCACUGACGAGAAAAAUGAGCAGUAUGUCACAACACUGCAACAAGAGAAUAUCAAUGCCAACACCAACAACAAGUUGCGGGAGCCCAUGCGCAACCUCAUGUUCGACCCACGAGUUGUUCGUGGAAAAAAUGCUCCGGGCCCUCAAAAGACCUUCGAUGAAGCACCCCCGAAGAAACAGAAGUACGGAAACUAUAUGGGAUCAAAGACCAAGAAAAAGGUUGUAAGGGUUUCAGAUGAACCGCAGCCAGUGAAGGGUAGAAAACAUUGCGACAUACAGACCGACCAAUAUCUGGAGGAGCUCCCAGAAGACAUUCCAGACUACAAUGCAGUCACUCAAACAGACCCAUUUCUUGACCGUCCUGCAACGCCCCUCUUUAUCCCCUGGAAAUCGGGUCCAGACAAAGAGACACAGAUAUACGAGAAUGAUCUGUUCAACUUCGAUAUGGAAGUCGAACCGCUUCUGGAAGUGUUGGUGGGAAGAUCUAUUGAGCAAGCUGUCAUGGAGGUCAUGGAAGACCAUCAGCUCGCUCAUAUACGAAUGCACCAGGAUCGUUUUGAACAACUACGGAUUGCAGAGAUGGUGGCUGCUGAAAAACUUGAAGCUGCUCACAUAAGAGCUCUUGAAGAGGCAGCUCGCCGCAGGGAACAAGAGAGGAAACGACUGGAGGAAGAGAAGAGAUUGCGCGAGAGGAUGGAGGCACAGCAAUGCGCAAAAUGGUAUCUUCAUGAGAUGAAAGAGAAGUUGAUUGAGAAACUCCAGAAAGAAGGCUACUUCUAUGAUCCUGUACAAAGAGAGAUUGAGCUGCAAUUUAUACCAUCCAUGCUCGAAGGAGUGUACCAUCAUCUUGAGGAUAUUAUUAGAUCACGAUUUGCCCUCAGCUACAUGGUUGAAGAGGCUAUUCAGUUCCCAGACGACGAGGUCAUGGAGUAUGCAUCUGAAGGUGUAGACAUGAUUUUGGAUCGCAUAGAUGAUAUUAUCGAGGCAGGGGAUAUCUUUGAUGACGUGGUAAUGACUGUGAGAGGAACGGAGAGAGCUUCCAGGCAGGUUAUAGGGGAUUCUAUGGAAACGGUGCAAGUUGUCCAUGCAACAGCGGGUAGUGUCAUAGAAGGUAUGACGAUGGUAUCUGCGACAAGAGCAGUUGCAGGAAGUGAAGAUGUUGUUUGCGUUUUAGGAGAUUUAACAUUGGAAGCUGGUAUCAAUGUAAUUAGAGAGCAGGAACACAGGUCCUGGGAGCCACCCUCUUGAGGAGGCUGUUGUCUCUCAGGUCUCCGGCGAGGGAAGUGGAAGAUCAGGCGAAGUUGAAGUUUACCUGUAUAAUUUCUCGGUUACUGUUAGAGCUUAGCGAGAGUAAAAGGGAUAUUUAUUGUUCAGCAAUAAUGCUUGACGAGUCCACGUCUUGUAAGUCUUGAAGCGCAUCAUACAUUCCGGCUUUCUUGUAGAAACAGUCAGAAAUGUAAUAGUCUCCCAACAUGGGAAAGAUCACAUAAAUUGAAAUAAAUUACAUACACACAUAGCUUGGACAAUAUUAUUGAGCUACUUGUACCACCCAUCGGUAGACAGUUUCUAUAGACAUAGUAGAAGAACAGCAGCAAUGGUUUGCGAAUGCCCACCUCCGGGAAACCAGUUAUCAUGUGUUUUGAAAUUUGAGACUAUCUAGAAACAAUCAGAGCUUUGAUUCCAUGACUACCCUCC